AUGUUGACAACACAUCAUUUGGCACAUUUGCAUCAUCAUCGGGGCAGCACAGCGGUGGAGUUGGAUAAAAUCACAAAUCUAAAUACGCUGAUUGUGGAAAUCAACAGCCAAGUGGCGCUCUUUCGUGAUAUGCUAAUCCAUGUUGGCCAGACAAAAGACUGUCCCGAAUUACGGGAGAAAAUUCGAAAACUGCGAAGAACCUGUGUGGAGGCAUGCAAACACACGGGACAGAUAAUAAUGCCGCAGGUGAAGAGCGCUGUCAGCGAAGGCGUACUCACCGAUAAUCCACAUCUCGUAUUGCUCUUCUAUCUGGCGCAACGUUUCCUACACGAACUAAUAAAAAGUUAUCGCCUCAUACAGGUGGUGCCAAUGGACAUGUCCGGUUAUUACGAAAAUCGCGCUGGUCCCUCAAAUCUCGGCAAUGUCAUCAGUCAAAUACUGCUAUGCAAACAAAUAACGCCUGACUUCAAUCAAGAGGAAUUAUGCAGCAUUACAAAGGAUUCACAGGACAUAGCGGUGCUAUUGUCCGAGAUGCAAGAAUAUAUGCCACAACAUGACACAUAUCUGGAGCGCAGUGCAGCACUCGACUCGGUGAAAACCAAUCACAACUUCAUUUGCAAGAACAUGAGUUUAUUGUGCUGCAUGUCACGGCCGAGAUAUCUCUGAGACGAAGCGUAGGGCCCGAUGAGAGGGCAGUGCCCAAAUGCAACAUCAACAACAACAACAACCACGUCUACGGUACCAGCAACAACAACAACAACAGCUAGCACUACAUUAAGCAAAUGGACGGAUACAUUUUGUCAAUUUUGUCGUACGAAAAGUACAAAUAACAGUACAUAGUAGGCAUUAAAAUGGCGAUAGAAAAGGAAGAGGAGCGAUAUAGCGGAAAAUGCGAGAAAUUAUUAAGUAGCUGAAUAGAAUUAAACAAAGUCAACUAU